GGACAUGAUAGAAUAGUAGUACCGAUGGUGGAUUACGAAUUCAACCAUACAACUGAGACAUUAGAUAUAAUGCACGGCAGAGAGCAUUUUAUGUCUAAUCUCUCCUUGUUGCUACAGUGGUCUCCAUAUUCAACAGAGGCUGAGCUACUGAAACAAUUUAAUGACAUUGGAGCUCAUGGGACAGAAGUUAUGAUUUAUAACUUAUGGUUCAACGAUGAUGGGAGUGCAGAGCUGGACUUUGAUACUGAUCCCGAGGUCAACAAUUUAUGUCACUCUAUUUUCUUCUUUUUGAAUGUUGUGAAAGUAGCGUGUACCAGUCUAAUGAGGUGGCUUCCUGUAUCUUGGUUGUUGCAGGAUAUUCGUAUUAGUGGGGAUACCAAAAAAGUUAAUGCUAGACUUGGAUGGAAAAGGGUCAAUGAACAGCACAUUGCUAAUCGUUUCCAUCACUUUCUCCGUGUUUACUUGUCUAUCUUGUACUUGCAAUAUAUCUUGAUAGACCUCAAACUGGAGGGUCAAGUUAUUACUACUAUUGGAUUUCUAAACGAUGCUCCAUAUGUCAGUUACCACGGUUUCAAUGUUUAUCACAAGAAUCGUCUGAUACUGCCGCAUUGGCAGGUUGUGAGCUAUUUAGACAGCAGGGGUCGUGGAGUUGUUGGUGUUUUGGAAGCAGAUUUUGUUGAGCCGAGUCAUAACAAACAAGAUUUUGAGAGAACUUCUCUUUUUCAGAAACUUGAAGUCCGUUUGAAGGAGAUGACGUGGGAAUACUGUGUAAUAGGAACGAUGAAGAGGAAAGAACAUGAUGAUAUUCUGCCGGUUGAAAAUGUGAAAGGGGCCAAGCUGAUCAAUACUGGGAAAAGUCAGUCUGUACAGCUGGGGAAUCCUACUGGAAAUCAGCUGAAAGAUCAAGAGGCUAAAAAUCUGAUGCAAGAGAACAACAAGCUGCGAUCUAAAUGCUAGGAAUAUGAGAAGAGGGAGGAGGAACUAAAUCUUAAGGUGGCACAGCUUAAGAAGGAAAGGAAAGCCGUUGAUGAUGAAUACUCUCUAAUGUUGGCUGAAUUAGAAGCGUUGGGGGAUGUCAAGGAAGAAAAGGGUACAUAAAUCAAUGUAUGUAGUGUUGUAUCUCAUGUAUCUCUAAUUCUUUCAUUUGUAAAACCUUGUUGUAUCAAAUGAGUGUAGCCUCCAAUUUUCAUUCUUUAAGAUCGUAGGUUGAUGUAGGGAAAAAAGUGGCUUGUGUAUGAUGGAGAGAAGAAAGUCGAGGAAAAAGAGUGAUCAAAGUGAGGUAAAAUGGUGUAAAGUUGGGAAACAGCACUCAAAUCCGUAUCGGGUAUUAAAAAGUUUUUGUGGUUUUCGGGAGAUUAGAUUGAGCAGUUUCAAUUAUAAACUAUUGUUUG